CAUCUCUACCCCCAUCCCGGUCCCCGUCCCCACCAGUCCCGCGGGUGUCACCUGAGAGUUUCCGGGAAGGCAACGGCGGGGGGUGUGCCGAGCUAUAAAGGCACAGGCAGCGCCCGCACGGCGGGAUACGGUUUCGCCGUUGCAGCACGAUGAGCCGCCGCUUCCUCUCCACCCUCGCUGCGUCCGUCGGAGCAGCGCUGGCCGCGACAGCGGCGGGGAGCCAGCUCCUCUGUGAGCCAGCCGAGAUCCCUGGGGAGGAAAAGGCCAGUGCAAAGGCGGCAAAGGGGACCAACACCAAGUGGUGGCCAGGCCGCAAGCAGAAACGCCACACAAGGAAUGGCAAGCAGUGUGACCUGACUGGCUGGUGGGAGAACGACCUGGGCUCUAGGAUGCAGGUGUCUGCAGUCGACAGCCAGGGCAACUUCACUGGCGAGUACCACACCGCUGUGUCAAGUGCCCAGAAACCCAUCCAGCCGUCCCCCCUUGUUGGCUCCCAGCAUUUGGAUGAGGAUGGGCAGUGUACCUUUGGCUUCACCGUCAACUGGAAGAAGUUUUCUGACUCCACAGCUGUCUUCGUGGGCCAGUGCUUUGCUGGGGAUGAUGGGGACGAGGUCCUGCAGACCUCCUGGCUGCUGCGAGAGAAGGUUGACUCCCUGCCUGAUGACUGGAGAGCCACCAGGACUGGCCACAACGUCUUCACUCGUAUACACUGAAAGGAAGAGGGAAAAGCCUCUCGCUUCAGCCAGAUUUGAGAGACCAGGAGAUCCCUCAGCAGCAUGGUCCAACUAUGGAGGAAAGUGUCCUGAAAAAAUAAAGGAGCAGUUUCGCCUUUUAA